AUGUUCAAGGGAAAUCGUUCUGCAUUUUCUGGCUUCACUCUCCUGGGAUACUCCAAGCUUUCUGAUCUGCAAGGUUUGCUCUUUGCGCUGUUCUUGUCCAUCUAUGCAGGCAUCAUAUUAGGAAAUGGAAUGAUAAUUUAUGUUACAGUAACUGAUCCUGCCUUGGACACUCCCAUGUAUUUCUUUUUGAAGAGUCUCUCCUUUCUGGAAAUUAGCUAUACUUCAGUCACUAUCCCAAAGAUACUUGUCAAUUUGGUAGUAGAAGACCAGACCAUAACAUUUAUUGGUUGUGCUAUCCAGCUGUACUUUAUGCUCUUACUGGGAGGUACUGAAUGUUUGCUUCUGGCUGCCAUGGCUUAUGACCGCUAUGUGGCUAUAUGUCACCCCUUGCACUAUAAAGUCAUAAUGAACAGGAAAUUGUGUUUUGGAUUCCUUUUUUUGUCACUAGCUAUCAAUGUACUUAUGCAUGUAGGACAGGUGUACUUUCUGUUCACUUUGCCAUUCUGUGAUUCCCAUGAAAUCGACAAUUUGUUCUGUGAUAUCCCCCCUCUGCUUGAUUUGGCUUGUGCAGAUAUCCAUAAAAGCCAGUUAUUCGUGUUUGCAGCUGCCACACUAUUCCUAGUCAUUCCAUUUUGCCUUAUAUUUGCAUCAUAUGUUAAAAUUAUUUCUGCUAUUCUGAAGAUGCCUUCUGUGAAUGGUCGGAAGAAAGUGUUUUCCACUUGUUCCUCACACCUCACAGUAAUAUCUCUUUUCUAUGGCUCUGCAAUUAUUGUUUAUUUGAGUCCUAGGUCAAAUGACACAGUGGAGAUUAACAAAUUGUUUUCCUUGUUCUAUAUAAUUCUAGUGCCUAUGUUCAACCCAAUCAUAUAUAGUCUGAGAAACAAAGAAGUAAAAGUAUCAUUAGGGAAGCUGUUUAGUAGAAAAAUGGUUCUCUAG